AUGCGUUUUGAUCCAAAACAAAACAUUCACACAAACAACUUAUUCCGCAAACAUAACCGAAAAGCUUUGCAUUGCUUUAUUGUAGUGAAUAUUAUUUCUCAAACACGGAGAAAGGUGAGUGAAACCAGUCUAGUUUGAUAAGUUUAUUGACUUUUUGGUUUGCCGCGGUACAAAUCGUAUCCAAAAAUCAUCCGGUCCGUACACCAACCCGGUACGCCGUCUCGAAAUAUCCGGCAAAGGAGCAGCAUCCCUUGGGGACAGAUCGAAUCGCUGCAUGAGGGUAACCACGAUCAAAAACAUUGUGUUGCGGGUAUAGGUCUGCCCGGGACACUCUCGUUUGCCCGCACUAAAUGGAAGUGACCGAUCGUUCGACAGCACCAAACUGCCCGUCUCGUCCAGGAAACGUUCGGGCCGGAACGUGUCCGGAUCACCCCAAACGUCCGGCUGAUUGUUGAUGCUGUCCAAGCUGAACAAAAGCAUCGUGUUCGCUGGCUCCCCUCACCCCUCCCUAUCGCUUUUGGGCACGUCGACAUUCGACCACCGUCCGAUGGAUGCAUCAGCCACGCUAGAGCGCGCAACGGAACUGAUCAAAUGCUGUAAGGUACCGCGGUUGCUCACCAGCAUCGAGGAAGGUCCACUAGAGCGGGCCACCUUUGAGCACUUUCUGCACGUGCUGGAUGGGACGCUUCCGAUAGUGUUCGAUCUGGUGGCCCAGCACGGUACCACACUGACCGGUUACGAUGCGUACCACGAGGACGGUAACGUCGAGUUCAAAGCCGGGCUGGCACUUGUGAUAGCCGAGCAGUACAGCGCGGAUGAUGCGUCGGUUGGUGAGGAGUAUCGCACCGGUAGGGCGUCAUUGCGGAACCGUAUCGCCCAGUUCUACCAGGGCCACGAACUGGAGCAUCUGCUGACUGACAAGGGCAGUGAUCGGGUUUGGCGUCACUUGUACGACCAUUACCGGCGGGUGCUGUCGGCGAAUGAGUGGAAAUAUCAUCCGGCCGACGUAACGGGGUUUGUACAGCUGGUGGAGCUCCUGUACGGUCCCUAUCCGCUGACCGUUAUCCCACCGGAGCUGGACGAUGACGCAGCGGCAUACAUUCUGUCGGUGGGCAUUACGUUGGUGGAGUUUUUCGAGGCCACCUAUCAGCUGAUGGGAUUGCGAUUAUUUUGCGUACUGCUGGGACCACGGCAUCGGCCCGUCAUGCGCCGGACAAACAUUCACCACGUGGUGUACAGCAAUGCGAAGAAGCUGACCAACAAAUGCAAUCAGGACCUGUUUCUGGAGGCGCUGUGGAAAUGCAUCUAUCUGUACGUGGAGUUGGAGGAAGCGGAGCGGCAAGAUUUUACACAGUGGAACACCGUUGACGACAUCAUGGACGUACUUUUGAAUGGGCUCACGUUCCAGACGAAACUCAGCAUGUCCGGCAUCUAUUUGCUGUGCCUGCUGAAGCUGCUCGCACUAGAUCUGCCCAACUACAUCAUCGAUGGGCUGGACGAGGUUCAAUCGAUCGACCGCAAGUGUCACCUGUACGAACCGGUUUGCGAGCAGCUGCGGCAGGAGUGUCUCGCUGGGUUCCACAACCGGCGGUACUACCGCUGGCUGCACCAGAUCGUGCAACUGUUGCCACACGAAGCCCUCAAAUGCCAGGGUACUUCGCGGGAGAACGGAAGAUAUUGUCAUGGUGUAAAUCUACUCUUCAUACUAGUCACGUUCCCAGUAGAACCGGAAGCGCUACGACCAAGCCAUCUAGGGAUGCAGACGUGUCUGGUCGAGUUUAUUAACGUGUUCAAACAGUACGAACAGCAGCAAAGUUCUCUCGCAGCCAAACGGUCCAGCGCAUCGAGCGACUUCGUGUACAACACCAAGGCACUGGUGUCGGUCAGUAAAACGAUGCUGGUGUUUCUCACCACACUCGCACCCCGUUACUUUCCCGACCAUCCUGCAAUGGCAACGCUCGGGCAGAAGCUGGCGGACGAUUAUGCCGACUGUGAUUCCAUCAUGUACAACUGCAUGCAGAGUUUGAUUGAAACAUUGCGAUAGGUGUGAGCGGGCAGUGAAUUGGACAAAGAAUCGAACUAGGUUAUGCAUUAAAAUCCUCGUUGUAGGUGUAAAGAAAGAUGUCAAUAUUUUUUUCUGAUUUCA